UUAAUAGAAUUCCUCAUGGAUGACACGCAUUACAAUCCGGUGCUAAGUAAUAUAUUAGUGAGGUUAAUAUGUGGGUUGAGGAAUUCUGUUAAAUAUAUGGUAUAUGUGCCCCAACUUAUGCACGACAGGGACAGAACUGACUCCUACUUUAAACAACGGACAAAUGUGUAUAAUUUCUUAUUGGCAUGUGGCACUUUUAAAGUCCCACAGCAAUACUGCAAAGCAAAAACUAGCACUCCAUUUACAAUUUUUCCUCCCUUUUUUUUCUUCAUUAGGAUCAAUGGCUGUAACAUACUCUCUUUCAGCACCUAUUCUAAUUAACAAAUCAUCUUCCACUGCAAGAACAAGUCUCUCUGCCCACAGAGUCGAGGUGCGUGCAAGUUGUCACAAUAUCUCAAUCCAUGUCUCCGCAACAACAACAACAACUAGUCCGCUUCAGAUUGGAUCAACUUCAAGAAACAGGCUUGUAUUUGAAGAUAAGUCAACUGGUGUAAUUUGUUAUAAAGAUGAGAAUGGAGAGAUCACAUGUGAAGGAUAUGAUGAAGGACCUCGAUUUUGCCAGCAAGUGCCAAAGUCUUCUUAUAAAUCAAGAGAUGAAGAGAUUAUAGAGCUCCUCCAAAAAUGUUGGCUUCAUAUUGCUGCUGCUGCUGAAUAAACAGAUUUUUGUGCAUUUCUCAAUACAAUCUUAUGAUUAUCAGCACUUUGACACUUCUAACAAAUAACACAAGAAACAGAACAAGAAUAGUCUGUUUAUGUACAUCUUAUGUAUUCAUUCCCCUCUAUGAAUAGUAUAUUUUGACAAGAAGAAAAGGAACAAGGACUUGCCUUUUCCUGGUGCAGAUGUAAAUUAAGAAGUGUACAUUUUACGUAUGACAAUUCAUUUUGCACUUUC